AUGGACUCUCCCACCACACCUGUUGCGAGUAAUGGAACUCCUUCCAAAGUUUCACCACUGGGGCUACUGCCGCCAUUUCAUGCCAAGCUGAAACAGACCCUUAAUAGCGGCGGCUCCGACACCCUGAUACUCUCCCCCAAGCUUUCUUGGCCUGCUCUGCCCGUGGCUCAAGGUGCUAGAAGUCGGUCAAACUCGCAGGUGACAAACGACAAUGCCAGAACUAGGUUCCUAGAGGAAGACGACUUCCAGCGAACCAGGGACUACCGAAAGUCAACGUCCUUUAAGAACAUUUCAAAUUCCAUCGAUUUCAAAAAACUCCAAGAAAAGUUCCAACAGGACGAGCCUGUGCUUAGAAAGAAACCUCUCUGGGUUCCAGCCAAUUCUCUGCAAACGAAACCCAAGCCGAGGAUUCACAACGGGAGGUGGGAGGCAACACCCACAGAACAGCCACCCAAAUUCAAGCGCAGGGAACUCGAAGCAUGCCUCGAUAUCCCAGAGCCCGAAGCGGUUAAGCCUGUUGAACCCGAAGUGAAAUCUGAAGUUAUCAGCACAGAGGUGCGACAUCUGGAAGAGACACGGGACACAAGCAUUAAUGACAAACCGGAAGGCUCGCUAGGGGCACAUACGGUCCUCCCAGUGCCUUCUCUAGACAAGGUAUACCCGACAAGUGCCGUACCUUUGCCAGUAGACCUGUCCAUCCUUUCUCUCCAGAUGUCUGCCACCACUAGCUCCCUAUCCUUACCAUUUCCGCCACCAGCUCCCACCACAGGUACCCCUAGCUCGAUAGCCCUGUCGCUUCCAGGGGUCACCUGCACAGCACCGCCAAUGAUGAUACCAGAGAGGUCUGCUCCUACCUCGGUUUCCGCAACAUUGCUCGCUGCUAAGGAGACGCCGUCCUCACCUGUGUCCACCUCCAGUCCCAGGGCCGUUUCUCCCCAGUCUCCUUCCACAACCACCGAGAAGUUAAAGUCCAGCAAGUAUCCUUCCGGAACCCAUUCUAGCAUGACGAGCACGGAUUCUCAACACUCCUCGCUCCUUGUCUCUAUCACCACCAGCCAUUCGUCCUACGACCAUGAGUUCAGCGCUGAAGAAGUGCCCAAGCACCGGGUCACGGUGCGCAAUCCUGAUUCGUACAACGCAAGACGGAACUCGCUGCUCUUAGACCUUGAAGAGGGCAAGAACCAGCUUGCCAGCGUCAUGGAUUCCAUCUGCCACGCGAUUCAGCUCUCACCAGGAACAUCCGUGAAGCGGGAGUCUACCGACACACAGGGCUACUCCUUUGACGGUGACAACGAGGGCGAUACCGACGACACUAGCAAUUUGUCUCUCGAAAAACCAGCCAGACUCGCCGGGCCAUUCACCCCUCACAGGUUCUCCCUGAAGGCGGACACAGAAUCUGACCACAAAGACACCUCUUAUAGUACCCUCUUCAAUGACAGCGCGUUGCCCCAGGGUAAGUCCUUGAGUGAGAAACUAGCGGAGGACCCCUUUUUAGAAGGUCUUGCCACGCCCACCUACACAGGCAAUAGAAGUUCUAGGAGCUGGACAUCACAAAUAUCCCAUUCCUCCCCUUCGCCAUCCCAUGCCGUGUCUUCCCCAAUAAUGCCGUCUCAGAGGUGCCACAAUGACCCUCUCCCAGCAGCACCACCGUCAGGCAAGAGAGAGGCGAGGAAACCGGUGGUAUUGUCGUAUGUGGAAACCAAGCGGUUGCGGAAACUCCGCACCACUCGCUCUUUUCCGAAUAUCGACCCUGAAAAGCAGUUGGAGGAUAAGGCGCAAACUUUGGUCGAAAACGAUGUUAUAACCGACUAUGUCGAGCCAAGGAAUGUCCCACGCACGGCAUCGAUGGAUAUGGCGGAUCUGCACCCCCACGGUGCUAUCUAUCAGUGCGAUGUGACCCCCUCACGGUUGUCUCCUGGCUCUUCAACACUCAAAAAGAGAUCUUCUAUGCCAGUUCUUAUGCCGUCGUCAUACGUGGAUGAGGAGAUACUCGAGAUCUCCUUCGUUAACGAUCCAGUGCGCAAAGUCUUCCGCACUGAAAGAGAUCUUCCUCCGUUACCGUUCCACAGGGAGGUGUUUCAGGAUCCUCUGUUUACGAGCGCCAACUUCCGCUCGCCUCCGCCAGUACCCAUCGGUAUUACACCGUUUGGGUCUAUGCCGCUGGAGGCAAAAUCGAAGCAUGCGAAGCCGAACGUGAAGGAGUUUUUGAAAAAGUUGUUCGGGGUGAAGCAGAGGAACCACCGCAAGGGCGAGUUUGUUUUUGUGUGUGCCAGUCCGAAUAGCAAGGCUAAACCCGAGCAGACCUUUAACGUACUUUCGUUUGCAAACGCCUUUGAGGAGAAAAGACCGUCAGUUCAACUAGAACGCCCCGUUUAUGAGCCCGUACCGCUUCCGGAGGUACUGGAUACAAGUCCAGUGACAGAAAGCAACAUAGUUCGUGAAUUAUCCGUUCCAAGGAUAUUGGAUGCGGUGGAUAUUGAUGAAUCAGAUGUGACUUCACUCUUUUCGGAUAUUAUGGAAGAAGACGAAGAGAUAGUAGAAGAGGUGAUGGACUUUGCACCGUUAAGUGAGAUGACACUCGGGUUUGGCGAAGGUUUUGGAGAUUUGCUUGCCGCCAUUGAAAACAUUGAUCAAAACUUUCUGCUGCCGAAGAAGUCCUUCCUGCCUGAAACCUCCCAGUCACCAUAUCGUGAGGACCAGAGGCUUGUCUUUGCCGAUGAAGUGGAAAUGAAGGCGCUAAGCCCUAGAAAGUCCAUGCCACUGAGCUUGAAAAGAGCCACCCCAAGAGAUGAGGAAUACACGGAUGACAAUUUGGUUCACAUAUCAGAGGAGAUUCAAUUUGAUGCGUCGGACGUGGGGGUAGUAACCUCGCCAGAUCAUUCGUACGUUGAAGGAACCCACUUUAACGUGGACUAUGAUCACAACCAGAAAGUGCCGGUGAAAGGCUUACAGCCUUCUCAUUCAACUUUGAAGAAGGCCAGACUCAUUCCCGAUGUCGUGCUUUCCAGGGUGGUCUCAUGGGACUCAUACCCGGAGGCCAUCGUUUCGAAGGGCGUAACGUUCUCUACCAGGCUUGUCGUUAGUGAAACGUAUGGGGCCCACUUCUACGACAGGAUUAACCGCGAAAUGACCGUAACCCAGUUGCAAGACAACCCCGCGGCUAUUCGGGAGAUUAAGCGCGAGUUGAAUGAGUUCAAAGCUAAGGAUAUGCCGGUACAUGAUCUUAGUAAGAACAACACUCAUUUCUUCUACGAUGUUUACAAAGAUUGA